CCGGCAAGCUCGUGCUAGCAGAGUGGGCGUCUAAUCCGUCUUCUACCCGCAGCUCGUGCAUGACUUCACGGCGAACAUUACUCAAGUUUUGAAAUUCCGAGUCACAAGUCGAUAGACGAAGAUGACAGAAGGCUCCGCAAACAAGCCGUUCACCGGAGACGCCUGUCACCGGACCUCGAAUGGCAAAAAAACGAGCAAAAAUGGCUUCCUGAAGAACCACUGUCUGUUUGAACAGCCGCACAAGUAUCGACGCCCCAGGGAGAAGAACCGGAAUGUCCCAUACAACCCCAGCCUGUACAAGAAGCCCUACGUUGAGUCGUUUGAGGAGACGCCUCUCCUCGUAGCCGUGCUCACCUACAUGGGCUAUGGCAUCCUUACCAUCUUUGGCUACCUCCGAGACUUCCUCCGUCACUGGAACAUCGAGAAGUGCCAUGUGGCUCGGGAGAGAGAGGAGCAGAAGGAUUUUGUCCCACUAUAUCAGGACUUUGAGAACUUUUACACAAGGAAUUUAUAUAUGAGGAUCAGAGACAACUGGAACCGACCCAUCUGUAGUGUGCCUGGUGCUAAGAUGGACCUCGUGGAGAGAGUUUCCCAUGACUACAAUUGGACGUUUGAACACACGGGCAAGGUGGUGAAAGAUGUCAUCAAUAUGGGCUCAUACAAUUACCUCGGCUUUGCUGAGAACACUGGGGCUUGUGCUGACGCUGCUAUUGAAACCACACAGAAGUACGGAGUUGGAGUGGGCAGCACUCGCUGUGAGAUCGGGAACCUGGACAUCCACGAGGAGCUGGAACAGUUGGUUGCAAGGUUCUUGGGUGUUGAGUCAACCAUGGCUUUUGGCAUGGGCUUUGCAACCAACUCCAUGAACAUUCCUGCUCUCACUGGGAAGGGUUGUCUCAUCCUGAGUGAUGAGCUGAACCAUGCGUCGCUGGUGCUGGGAGCCCGUUUGUCUGGCUCCACAAUUCGGGUCUUCAAACACAACAACAUGCAAAGCCUAGAGAAGCUGCUGAGAGACGCUAUUGUACAUGGGCAGCCGAGAACACACCGACCUUGGAAGAAAAUCCUUAUUGUGGUGGAGGGCAUAUACAGUAUGGAGGGAUCCAUAGUGCGUCUACCAGAAGUCAUUGCUCUGAAGAAACGCUACAAGGCCUAUCUGUACCUGGAUGAGGCCCACAGUAUCGGGGCCCUGGGGCCUAACGGUAAGGGUGUGGUGGACUACUUUGGCCUGGACCCCAAAGACGUGGACAUCAUGAUGGGAACAUUCACUAAGAGCUUUGGUGCUGCUGGAGGAUACAUCGGAGGCAGAAAGGACCUGAUCGACUACCUGCGGAGCCACUCUCACAGCGCCCUGUAUGCUACCUCCAUGUCCCCUCCUGUGGUACAGCAGAUAAUCUCUUCCAUGGAGAUCAUCAUGGGAGAGGAUGGGACCACACUAGGUGCUGAUCGCCUCAGACAGCUGUCACAGAACACCACCUACUUCCGAAGGAAACUCUGCGACAUGGGUUUCAUCACCUACGGCAAUGACGACUCGCCCGUUGUACCAUUGAUGUUGUACAUGCCUGCGAAAAUUGGGGCAUUUGGCCGCGAGAUGCUGAAGAGGAACAUCGGCACAGUGGUCGUCGGCUUUCCAGCGACACCCAUUAUCGAGUCGAGGGCGCGUUUCUGCAUUUCUGCUGCCCACACCAGAGAGAUGCUUGACACUGCAUUGGAGGCCAUCAGUGAAGUGGGCGACCUGCUGCAGCUGAAGUACUCCAGACGCGAACAGCCGCUUCCCUCUAUGGGGUGGAUGUCUGAGGAGAGCCUGCUGCAGGACUGAGCCACAUCGCCCUCAAGCUCCCUCCAUCCUUCCAGUUCACUCUACCUCCCUUAAUUUACCUCUUUAUAUCUGAUAUUCCCCCCCCCCAUUACCCGUCUUCACCCCACGCUUCUCUUUGCAUCAAGAGGACUACCAAGGACAACCAAAGUCUUCACCCUGGUCCACCCUGAUUUUUAAUACUAUUGUUCUUGUCCAGCUUCUUCACUCCAUAGGGGGACUGAAGUCACCCACAUAUUUCUGUGUCCAUUGUUACAAAGUUUGUCCUAACUUAAUGUGACUGCAUUGGUCAAACGUCAAGUUCGAUUCCUGUGUGCGCAUCGAAUGUGUUUCCUAUUUGUGCAAUAAUCACAACAGUGCAGUUUCUUUUUCAAACAAACGUUCGCAAACUAAAAGAUUGUUGCCCAUUUGUGCACUUGGAGAACAAUAAAUCUGAUCAUAGCCAUUUCUAUAAUGCACUCGAAUGCAAAAAAUAUAUAUAUUUGUAAAUAUUAUUUAUCCCAAAGUUGGUAGAACUGCCAUAGAGUAGCAUUCCAGACCUCGAAUACAGAUCCAUUAUUUCCCAGGAUAAGCAUGUGUUCUCCAUGUAUAUAAUCCUAUAAUCGCUUUUACUUGAAUAGAGAAUAUCACAUAUUGGAUUCUUUCCCUCACCAAAGGAUAUAUAUAUGUAUAGAUAUAUUUUCUACCUUUUUCUCUUAAAAUGCAAAGCAGAUGUUCCAGAAGAGAAAAAAUAAUGGGGAAAGUAUCCCGUGGAGCAAGACUAAGGAAUAUUUUUUACUGAUUAUUUUCUAGACAUAUCCCUCAGCCUUAGUUAAUGUUUACACCUGCACUCAAAAACUCGAGCCCAGUGUCUUUAAUGUUUCUAUAAGCUAAUGAGCUACAAAGUGUGAUUGUUUUUUAUUUUAUUUUUCUUUUAAUCAUUGUCACCCAAGUGCUUACAUGUGUUUUCAGCGUCGACACCCGUCUCGGAGCACAAUGACACGCUGUAAAUACAAUCUGUAUGUAUGACGACGCUGUGUCAACACUGAUCUGAUAUACGGACAGCUUUUUAUUUAUUUGUCUUCCUUCAACCAUUUUGCUUUAAUGAUAAGUGUAACCUUUACCUGAAAGGCAGCUCCUAAUGCGAGGUGUGUAAUCGAACGGACUACUUACACGUCUUUCUCUUCAGUGCAGCACUACUGACAGGCAUUAUAAAUGCACAGAUGACGUAGCCACUGAAAUAUGUUGAGGUAUGCCUCAAGCGUUAUAAUUUAGUGUCUGUGAUCGUGUUCUGGAAUGACAUUCCAUAUUGACCUGCUUUAAUUGUUAUGUCUUUGUUUUGCUGUUGUUUUGUUGUGUCUUCUUUUUUAAUGUGAGGUCACCCCACACACGCUACUGUGUUUGUUUUCACUUUUACUGAUGUGAAUCAGAGGAUGCGUCAGUGUAACCAGUCCAAAUGCUGGAUGUGACUAUUCCUACGCGUGUUCAUCAAAGUGAUUAAACUCAAAAGCUAUGUUUUCAGCAUCAGUACGCUGAGGUUUUUGGGGGUUCUGUCUUAACGGCCUGUAGUCAUUUCUGUGUUGAGUCAUUCCAAUAUUGUUGUUGUUUUUCCUCUCCUCAAAAAAUGUCUUUAACAGCAACUCGUUGAUGCGUUUGAUUUUAAUAAAUAUAAUAUGAAAGGUGGAACACAUGACGGCAGUGUGACAUGAGAAAUGUUCUUGUCAAAGUUUCCUCUCAGUCUGUCUGCAGCACCGUGCAGUAUGUGGAAGUCUCUACGUUUCUGUCUAUGAAGGCAAAAAAAAGUGUAAUUGCAAACAGCAACGUGCCCUGUUUCUCUCAGCCAGGUUUCCUCCACUCAAAGUGAGGAAUUAAAUUUUCCAGCCUACCUACCACAAACACCUGCACACUGACCUGCAGUCACCACUGGAAACAUGUUUAUCAGUUGCUUUUACCCUUGCAGUUAUAUUUGGUUUGAAGAUAAAACCACUUAGAGGAGUUAGUGAGACCAUGAUGUUUGUUGACUGUGCUGGUGGAAACUGCUACAAAGAUUAAAUCACUUUCUUCGUAUCAA